AGACAAAUUAAGGGCAACUGCGCAUGUCCAAAUCAAUGUGGGUGUUUCUUAGCCUAACAUGAUUGGCCUCGAACCUUGUAUACAAGAAUAAAUCCCCUAUCGUGUGACAUAAAGACGUAAUGCUCGUAAUUUAAUAAUAUACGUAAAGAAAUAUGAUAUAAACAUCCAUCUAACUGAAAUGGGUGGUAAUCGAUGCAUGCGCGCGCAUACUUCGGAAAAGGCUUCAAAAUUUUACUACGAAUCUAGACGAAUACAAACUCAGUGUACACAUUUUCUUUCCACUGCCGGUUUUAAACUAUAAAAUCAAGCAGUAGUAAUCAAAGAACGACAUGGACAGGGAACACAGAGAUACGGACGUGAAUAUUUCUAGCUGCAAGAGACGGGGGUGCAAUGGAAAUAUUUGUAAAAUAGAACAAGAGGUAGCAUUGCAUUGAAUGCAAGUGCAUCUUAAUAAUAUCGAUUCAAAUACGGAAGAAAGAAUCGUUAAAACUAAUUAAUUGUAACGAAAAACGUACAGUAAUGAAGAAGAAAUGAGAAAUUAAAAACUAUGUGGAAUUAAAAUCGUGAAAUUAAUAAUUAAGGUCGAAACAGAUCGAAAUAAAGUUGAGAGGGAAUACGAAAGAGGGUUAAUUAAGUCCAGCGACCUGGGCUGAGGCGCAGAACUGUGCCUGUAAUGGAGAAAGGUGAACGUUUUUCAGAAUACCUGUUCGUGAAGAUGGGCCCAGGAGACAGGGGCCCUAAGACAACGGAAGACCGGUCGGCUCCCGUGGACCAUACUGGCGUGAAGAAAUGGUUUAUAGACAACACUUUACUUGUGAUUACUUUGGCUGGGGUGCUUGCGGGGAUUGCUGUUGGAUUUGGUCUUCGUCCUUAUCAACUGGGCCCAGACGGUCGUAUGGUGAUAUCUUAUCCAGGAGAAUUAUUCAUGAGGCUAUUAAAGCUUAUGAUUUUGCCUUUAAUCAUUGCCAGCCUCAUAGCUGGGUCUGCGAGCCUGAAUGCGAAGAUGAGUGGAAAGAUUGCAGUCAGAACCUUACUGUACUUCAUCCUGACCUCCAUGUUCAAUGCAUUCCUCGGGAUCUCGUUGGCUGUUAUGAUACAUCCUGGAAAACCUGAGUUAAGGGAAGACUUGAAUAUCAUCGUGGAAAAUAAAAGGGACCAUAAAAUUUUAGACAGUCUUCUUGAUAUUGGUCGAAACAUGUUUCCUGAUAACAUAGUGCAAGCGGCAUUCCAACAAGCUCAUACGGUGUACACAGAACCAAAAACGUUAUUCUCAAAUGCAAAUGUGACGAAUGAUAGUGUCCCAGUUGUUUUAGUUCGGGAAAUACGAUACAGAUCAGGCACCAACACUUUAGGUCUAGUUUUCUUUUGCCUAAUUUUUGGCAGCUUAUUGGGAACGCUCGGGCCGAAAGGCAAAGUGGUUAUUGACUUCUUCCAAGCUAUUUUUGAAGUGAUAAUGAAGAUGGUCACAGGUGUGAUGUGGUUUACUCCCGUUGGGGUCAGCAGUGUGAUUGCUGGGAAGAUCUUAGGAGUCAACAAUGUUGGUCAAGUGAUGUCUCAACUAGCGUGGUUCAUAGCCACGGUGACGGUCGGUGUAUUUUUGUACCAGCUGAUAGUUAUGCAGCUAAUCUACUUCUUAUUCCUAAGGCGGAACCCGUACAAGUUCUACUGGGGGCUGUCUCAGGCCAUGCUUACUGCGUCAGCGACGGCUUCUACGGCAGCAGCUUUGCCAGUAACUUUCCGUGCAAUGGAAGGUCCUCUUCGAAUAGACCCGCGUAUCACGCGCUUCGUUCUGCCAAUCGGCUGCAACAUCAACAUGGAUGGAACAGCCUUGUUUCUGGCUGUAGCCAGCGUCUUCGUCUGCCAGAUGAACAGUAUGCAUUUAGGAUUCGCCCAGUUGGCUACUAUUUUUUUAACGUCAACAGCAGCUUCCGUGUCAUCGGCUUCAGUGCCGUCAGCUGCAAUGGUGCUGCUGCUGGUGGUUCUUGCUGCAGUAGAUGCUCCUACACAUGACGUGUCAUUACUGUUCGCGGUAGAUUGGCUUGUUGACCGCAUACGGACAACCAACAACAUGCUUGGUGACUGUUACGCAGCAGCAGUUGUUGAGAAAAUGUCCAAGAAUGAGCUAAUGGCAUGUGAUGCUGCAUCUAUGGACACAUCGACCCUCCCCAAUGGCCUGCCAACAUCAAACACCGAAGUUGAAAUAGGAAUAGUAACCCCUGGGAAAAAGUCAAUUAUAUCAGAUGACGCUAUUAUUGAUAUGCAUUUACACAAUGAAACCAAUAGGAUAUAGUCUGACGACAGUUUGAUUAGUAUAACCUUUGAUAUUAUAGCAAUUUAUUAUUAAUGCUGUGUUUCAAGCUUAAAGACCAUAUUAUUUGAAAUGUCAGACUUAAGUAAUUAUAAUAUGGAUAUGGAUAAUCAGAGUUAUCAGUCUGUUGUUGGUACCUAAUACUUUUUCUAUGUUUUGUAUUUUUGUAGGUUCCUUAAUAAAAUUGUUACAAGUGUUAAAAUUCAUCACCUACAAGAGUUGAAGGAUCACAUAUCACAAAUUUCGUCACUGGCAGUAAGAGAUACUUUGGCUUAGCGGUCAGAGCGUCGGGCGCGAACCCAGAAGACGCAGGUUCCAAUCCUGCCAGUUUCGGAAUUUUCGAUAUGUCUUUAAAAAUAUUUAGAGUUGAAGGAUCUUUAGAAGGCGAUGGUCUUUAAAUUUGAAAUGCGUUAUAGACUGUGCCAAACCCGUAUUAAUGUAAUGUAGACUGCAACUUUACUAUACAAAAAUAUAGGCCUCAUUAUUUUGAAGUACGUAUUUGAAAAGCGAUAUUAGAAUCUUACGGCAAACGGUUAUCAGAUUACUCUAAAGCAAGUCAUAUUUUAAGGCCUAAGCCUCUAAAAAUAUGUAAGUACUAUAAUGUAAAUGGCUCGAUAUAGAAAUAGAAAAGAAACAUUUCAUUGAAAUAAACGCAUAGGAAAGAAGACUUUUGAAUAGUGUAAUAAAUCUAUCACUGGUUCGGAAUAUUAACUUAAUGAGAAGAAUAAAGAGGUAACUAGGCGAUUGCAAACGGAUUUUUUAUUAUUAUGGAAACACUUUUUUCAUGAUAUGCCAUAAGAGUCUAAUACAGCUAGAAUAUCAUAACUAUCUAUAAAUUCGAACCAGUAUUCAAAUUAUAAUGUAUCCCAUUUGUAAUAAUUAACUGUGAAAUAAUGUUACUACUUCCAUUAGGAUUAGUUUUUAACUAUUAUUAAUAUUUGUUGUUUGGGAUCUGUAUAAGUGAACCAGUUUUAAUUUUCAAUUAGAGUUAUUUUAUUAGUUAGGUUAUUCAUUUGUGUACUAAUUUUGGAUCAUUAAAGCACUCUGGUUCAAUGUUUAUAUACUUACGUUUACGAGAUAAAAGUUUUCAGAAAAAUCUGUAGCAAAUUAUAGCAAUACUGGUGGAAAGAUCAUAAUAGAUUUAUUAUAACAGUAUCCAGAUCGAUUAUUAUUAUUGUUUGUUGGAGUGUAUCAGAAUUGUCUGAAAGUUUAUUUAUAUUUUAUUUAGGCAUUUUUAGAUUAAGAUCAUCAUCAUCAUAGUUGUGUGUAGAUGAAUAGAAAGGCACAGCUAAUUUUAUUUGAAAUCUUUGUCUACUCGGCAAUGUAGUUAUUAGUCUAUACUUUACCUAGGUACCUACUAUUUAUAUUCUCUUUGAAUUCGAAAUUAAUAUCAACAUCUUGUUUAGAAAAAUAAACAAUAUUAAAAAACAAACAUAUUAAUAAAUUGGUGCUAAAUUUGGAAAUGUGGCAAAUUGUGUCUCGAAAUUGAAUCCUCUUUUUAUAAUAUUACUGUAUUGUGAUAUCCCAUUACUACGUAGUUUUAGAUCCAUCUGUGAUAUGUGGUUCAUUAUUGUAAUGUUUCAUUAAUUUAUCCAUUUUAUGUCUCCUUAUAUUGAGGCUGUAAUAUUUAUGCUUUUAAGCAAAAACUAUGUUAAUAAGUAUCGGUAAAAUAAGGUCACUAAUAUUAAUCAAAUAUAAUAAAUGAAACCAUUAAUCAAUUUUA